AUGGCAGAGAGGGAAUUUGAAGUAUUUGUCGUAAGAAUUCGCACUAAUCUCACAUCUUUGAGGACUGUUUCGAGAUCGGAGAACAUGCAAGAAACUAUUAGAAUGGCAUUCCUAAGGGCGUUACAGCUUACUGAACAAAUUAGUGUCAAGAAAUUAGCAGACAACCAUGGUUUAACAGCUGUGGCUACUGGCCAUCUUAGUUGUAUAACAUAA